AUGGCCGCCCAGCCCGAGCUCGUCAACGAGAAGCAGCAGAUUGUCUCGCUCGAGAGUGGUUCCCAGACCAGCUCCCCCGCCGAGUUCCAUGAUGACCUGCCCGAUCCCGAUGCCGGCAAGAGCGACGAGGAGCGCGCCCGCCUUGACAAGGCGCUGGUGCGGAAGAUUGAUCUGUGGCUAGUCCCAUGGCUCUCGCUCUUGUAUCUCUUGUCUUUCUUGGACCGCACCAACAUCGGCAAUGCGAAGACGGCGAAGCUGGAGAAGGGCAUUGGCAUGGUCGGUCGUGACUACAACAACGCCCUAACCAUCUUCUUCAUCUCUUACGCUGGUGCUGAGCCCGUCACCAACAUUCUCCUCAAGCGUUACUCGCCCCGCGUCUUCUUCACCUCCAUCAUCAUCUCCUGGGGUGCCAUCAUGACCGUCAUGGGCUUCGUCGAGAACCAGGCCGGACUCCUUGCGUGCCGCUGGUUCCUCGGUCUGACCGAGGCUGGUCUGUUCCCUGGUGUCAACUACUACCUCUCUUGUUGGUAUAAGCGCCAGGAGCUUGGCUUCCGUGCUGCCCUGUUCUUCUCUGCUGCUGCCUUGGCUGGCUCUUUCGGUGGUCUUCUCGCCGCCGCCAUCAUCCAGAUGGAGGGUGUUCGUGGAUACGAAGGAUGGCGCUGGAUCUUCAUCCUCGAGGGUCUCAUGACCGUCUUUGUCGGUCUCUUCUGCUGGAAGAUGGUCUUCAACUUUCCCGACACUGCGGGUUUCCUCACUCCCGAUGAGAGACUGCGUGCCCAGCGCCGUCUCAGCGCCGAUAACCAGACGCGUGCCGAGGCCGAGAAGAUCAGCCGCAAGUAUGUGUUCCAGGCCAUGAAGGACUGGAAAACAUGGUGCUACGCCCUGCAGUACAUGGGCUGCCUCUGUCCGCUGUACUCGUUCUCGCUCUUCUUGCCAACCAUUCUCCAAGAUGGCAUGGGCUACAAGGGCACCCACCUGCAGCUCAUGUCCGUACCACCGUAUGCCGUUGCUGCCGCCAUGACGGUAUUCGUCGGAUGGUUCGCCGACCGCACCAAACUGCGUGGCUACGCCAACAUGGUCGUCUCUUUGAUGGGCUGCGUCGGCUUCGCCAUGUUGCUCGCCAGCAAGAAUCCGCACGUUCAGUACGCCGGAACCUUCCUCGGCGCCGCAGGCAUCUACCCCACCGUCCCCAACACCCUCACCUGGGCGUCCAACAAUGUUGAGGGCUCGCUCAAGCGCGGUGUCAUGGUCGGCAUAGUAGUUGGUUGGGGUAACAUGAACGGUGUCGUCUCCUCCAACAUCUACAUGGCGCCGCAGAAGCCACGGUACUGGACUGGCCACGGUACGGUCCUUGGCUACAUGUUCGUGUGUCUCUUUGGUGGCUCUGUCCUUACGCACGUCCUGCUGAGGCGCGAAAACCACAUGCGCAAGACGGGCCGGCGCGACCACUGGGUCGAGGGAAAGAGCGAGCAGGAGAUUAGGGAUCUCGGUGACAUCCGCCCCGACUUUAUCUACACCACGUAG